GUUAGAACAGUUGACAGAGAAGAGGAGAGGAGAAAGGAGAGUGGCUACUGGAAAAACAGACAACAAAAUCAAGCAGAGAACUGACUUUAAAGAGCAGAACAGAGCAGAAUAAUCUGGAAAACCAUCAGCGCUGCAGUAGCAAUUCAAGUCGGUGGACAAUUUAAAACGAAGAAGACAACACCCUGUUCAAGUGCACAGAAGAAAAUGUCAUUUCCUGGUAGGAGUUCCCUGUUUUGGUCCCUGCUUUGUGCAGCAUGGGUGAUCGCAAUCCUAGUUGAAGGCCAGCAAAGCGAACAACCAGAAGUGGUUACCAAAUAUGGGCGACUGCAAGGAAAGCAAGUCACUGUCAAGGGAACCAACAGACUUACAAAUGUGUUUCUUGGAAUUCCUUUUGCAAAACCGCCCGUGGGAGCUCUGAGAUUUUCCCCACCACAACCAGCUGAAGCAUGGAUCAGCAUCCGAGAUGCAACUUCUUUUCCACCAAUGUGCUUACAAGACCGGGCAAUGCUGGAACAAUUUGAAGACAUUUUUCCAGCUAAACAAUUUAACUUCUCAAUUUCUGAAGACUGUUUGUACUUGAAUAUUUAUACCCCUGCCCAUUCUGAUGAGAAAUCCAAGUUACCUGUUAUGGUGUGGAUCCAUGGAGGAGCUUUAUUGACGGGUGGAGCUUCAAUGUAUGAUGCAUCAGCAUUAUCUGCUUAUGAGAAUUUGGUGGUGGUAACCAUACAGUAUAGAUUAGGUAUCCUUGGAUUCUUCAGUACUGGUGAUGAACAUGCUCGUGGAAACUGGGGCUUUUUGGAUCAAGUAGCAGCUCUCCAGUGGAUUCAGGAGAAUAUUAAACAUUUUGGAGGAGAUCCAGGAUCCGUCACUAUAUUUGGAGAGUCUGCAGGAGGAAUCAGUGUUUCUGUCCUUGUACUAUCUCCAUUGGCCAAAGGCUUGUUCCACAAAGCCAUCUCUGAGAGCGGAGUUGCACUUCUUUCUGCCAUGUUCACUUCACAUCCUGAAGCAAUUGCUAAGAUGGUUGCUAACAUAUCCAGCUGUGACGCCUCCAGUUCGGCUGCCAUGGUUCAUUGCCUAAGGAAGAAAACAGAAGAAGAAAUUAUUUUGAACUCCCAACAGCAACAGCAAAUCACAGUCAUCCCAGCAGUUAUUGAUGGUGUAUUUAUUCAGAAGAACCCUGAAGAGUUAAUGGCUAGGAAAGAGUUCAGUGCUGUCCCAUAUAUAAUAGGAAUAAAUAACCAUGAAUAUGGCUGGAUACUUCCUUAUUCAUCCAACACACCUGGCUUAAAGGAGGGCAUGCAUAAAGAAACCAUCCUCUCAUUAUUACAAAAGAUGAACCAGCUGCUGUCUGUGCCAGCUGAAGUUGUGUCUCUGAUAACAGAUGAAUAUCUGGGAGACACAGAUGACCCUGUUGCCCUGCGGGACCAAUUUCUGGAUUUGAUGGGAGAUGCAAUCUUUUUUGUUCCAGCUAUAAAAACAUCUAAUUAUCACAGAAACUCAGGAGCUCCUGUCUACUUUUACGAAUUCCAACAUCGUCCAAGUUUAGCAAGUUUCAAACCAGAUUUUGUAAAAGCAGAUCAUGGAGAUGAACUUAUUUUUGUCUUUGGAGGGGCAUUUCUUACUGAUGACAUGUCAAUGCUUGCUUCCAGAGAUGCUACAGAAGAAGAGAAACAUCUCAGCAGGAUAAUAAUGAAAUACUGGGCUAACUUUGCUCGAAAUGGAAAUCCUAAUGGCGAAGGUUUGGUGGAAUGGCCAGUGUAUGACACGAAUGAGCAAUACCUGCAGUUGAACCUACAACAGAAGAAAGCAAAGAAACUGAAAGGGAACAGAGUGGAGUUCUGGACAAAGACCCUGCCUGAAAAAAUCAAGAUAAUGAAGGAAAAGAAAGAGCAUGCAGAAUUAUGAUUCAUAAUGUGUAGAAGGGAAAAUGUGUGACUGUAUUACAAAAUAAAACCAGAUACAAUUGUUUUACUUUAAA